CUUUGAAAUAGACGCAGAAUCAUAUAAAUACAUGUAUGCUCAAUGGAAGUAUGUAUUUUAAAGGUGUCAGUUGUCCAUAAAAGUAGACCAAAGCUAUAUUUCCAAAGCUGUCAUCAGUCAUCUGUCGUUGACAGCUAACUGGUUCGCUUGCUAAAGCUUGCUCUAAAAACAACAUUCGACAUGAAGACGCACUGACGGUUUUUAGCUACGCCGGUCGCUGUCCAUGGUGCUGAAUCGUGAUGCAUUUCGUAGAUGGAUGUACAAAACGCAACUAGCGUUUGUGACAAGACGAAAAUUGCCAAAUAACAUGCUAAAUCGACAAUAGCCUACUCAAGUGCAUAGCUGAUCGGUAACACUGCAGAGCCUGGAUUUGUCGCCAUAGCAUUGGCAUUGCAGAAUGCUCGCUAGCUAGCCACAGAGCUAGCUUAGCUUUUUGCAAACAUGAAUGGUGUUGAUAUGGUCGCAAUCAUGACUAGGUCUAGUUUCUAGGCUGCUUUCGGCAUUUUCUGUUUGGCAUUUACAUUAUAAAAACACAAACAAUUUGUUGCCCAAUGGCAUGUGAAGUAGCUUCUUCACUAGCUUAGCUAUGUCAUUGCUUUGCUCCCUUUUAGAAUAUUUUUUCCAGAUCUGUGUGUGCUGGGACCCGAUGUCGUCGUGGAGAGAGAGACUAAAAUAAUGAGCAUCCAGUAAGCCAGUGAGACCAGAUCGCAAGACAGACUCACGUCUUUGACAUCCCCCCCGCUAUCCGUUUUAUUUCAAUAGGUCCUUGUGGUUUGAGACACCCCAUUAGGCGUCAUGACGUCCUCUAUGCUACGCCGACAAUUGAAGAACCUUGUUCAAAACUUCUCUGAGGCUGAGGUCAAGGUGAGGGAGGCCACCUCCAAUGACCCAUGGGGUCCCUCUAGCUCGCAGAUGGCUGACAUCUCGGACCUCACCUACAAUGUGGUGGCCUGCAAUGAGAUCAUGACCAUGCUGUGGAAACGCCUCAAAGACGAUAAGAACUGGAGGCACAUCUACAAGUCAUUGACUCUGCUGGAGAACCUAUUAAAGACGGGCUCAGACCGCGUUCUGAAUACGAUGAAGGACAACAUCUACAUUGUGAAAGCGCUAACAGAGUUCCGUUUCCAGGACAAGGAUGGGAAAGAUCAGGGGGUGAACGUGAGGGAGAAGGCCAAGGUAGUACUGGUUCUUAUGGAGGAUGACGAGAAACUAAAGGAAGAGCGAGAGUUUGCACUCAAGACCAGAGACAAGAUCUCAAAGAACGCCACUGCCUCCUCGGACGACCCCAACGACCCCAAGGACCCCAACUACAAGCCAGUGUAUGUCCCAGGAGCCACCGGGCUCCCCUCCCUAGCCAACAUCCCGUCUGUGGCUGAUCUUGCCGCCAGCUUUGAGGCCAAGAAGCAAGAAAAACUGAGACGAGAGGCCCAGAAAAAAGAGGAGGAACGAAGGUCAAAGAUGACCAAGGAAGAGCUUGAAUGGGAGGAUGCCGCCAAAGCAGGAAAGCCUAAGGUUGCUGAUGGCUUUGGCGGGGCAGAUGAACCAUCAGAGGACGAUGCAUGGGGCGCAGCAGCCAAAGCACCCGCUCCUGAUCCUUGGGGGGGUGCGCCCAAAGCUCCAUCCGAGGAUGCAUGGGGUGGAACAUCCAAAGCUCCAUCCGAGGAUACAUGGGGUGGAACAUCCAAAGCUCCAUCCGAGGAUGCAUGGGGUGCACCAUCUAAUGCUACAACAGAAGAAGCAGAUCCUUUUGCGGCGCCAGCCAGUGCCCCAAUAGAUGGUUCAGAUCCUUUUGCGGCGCCAGCCAGUGCCCCAAUAGAUGGUUCAGAUCCUUUUGCGGCACCAGCCAGUGCCCCAAUAGAUGGUUCAGAUCCUUUUGCGGCUCCAAAAGAUGGUUCCGAUCCAUUUUUGGCACCAUCCAAUGCACCAUCUAAAGUUGAAGCUGAUCCAUUUGGGGCACCAAAAGAUGAUCCAUUUUCAGCACCAUCCAAUACACCAAAAGGUGGUUCUGAUCCGUUUGGGGCACCAAGAGAUGAUCCAUUUUCGGCACCGUCCAAUGCACAAUCUAAAGUUGAAGCUGAUCCGUUUGGGGCACCAAAAGAUGAUCCAUUUUCAGCACCAUCCAAUACACCAAAAGGUGGUUCUGAUCCGUUUGGGGCACCAAAAGAUGAUCCAUUUUCAGCACCAUCCAAUACACCAAAAGGUGGUUCUGAUCCGUUUGGGGCACCAAGAGAUGAUCCAUUUUCGGCACCGUCCAAUGCACCAUCUAAAGUUGAAGCUGAUCCGUUUGGGGCACCAAAAGAGGAUACAUUUUCAGCACCAUCCAAUAUGCCAAAAGACGGUUCAGAUCCCUUUGGGGCACCAAAAGACGGUUCAGAUCCUUUUGGGGGCCCAUUGAAUGUCCCAACGAAGGGUGCUGAUCCUUUUAGUGCACCAUCCAGUCCAAAAACCGAUGCUUCAGACACGCGGGGUGCUCCAUCUAAUCCACUGUCCGAAAAGAAGGCUGAUCCCUGGGGAGACGAGGGGACCACAGCUGCCUCUCCCCCCACAGAUCCAUUUGGCGAUGGCUCGAAGGCUGAUGGUGACGCAUGGGGACCAACAGCAUCGUCUCCGCCCACCGCCAAUGACCCUUGGGGUGCACCUGCAGCUCCCACCGACACAGCAUCCACAGAAGACCCCUGGGGAGAUGGAGGGGCUUCCACCACCACAGACGCUAUGAACUCUGACCCAUGGGGAGCUCCAAGUAAUGGCACAGACAAUGGAGCCACAGCGGACGAAGACAGCAAAUCGCCAGCUUCCUUCCAUGGUGCCGGCGCUUCGCUCGUGGACGUGGGCUCAGUCCUUUCCCCCAAACCUAAACACCCCCCCGCACCAAGUAACAAAGUAAGGACGGGUAAACGAGAGACCAGACCCUGAGAGAGAUAGACAGAGAGAACCAGAGGGUGAAUAUGAGAAGUAUAUUUAUGUUCAUUUAAAGCAGUGUUUGUGAUUCAGUGUUUUCACUAGGCCUUCCUCCCCCCUAUAGUGCAUAACUGUUGUGUGGGUCAGCAUCGGUAGUAGCCAUGCAUAGAUUUUAGAGAUGUAACCUUUUCACUCCUCUCUCUGUUCUAUACUCUCUCUUGGAAUGCUCUGUACUGUAUAUCUGUCCUCCCUCCCUUGCCCCAUUUUUCUUUUGCUUUUCCUAAUUUCCUAGGCGUUUUACAAGGCCCAGGCAUGGCUGGCCCUAUGGGCAGAGUCACAUCCAUUGCUGGAGUGUCUCGUACUACAAUCUCCCCAAACUCCAGCCUUUUUGGUUCCACCCACAUGUCCUACGGUGUUACCCACCUUUGGGUCCCACGACCCAUUGCUGGGGCCUCCUUUAACCCAGCUAUCAUCCCAUUCCCUGGGAAUGCCUCAUCCUGGCCUGGCAAUGCCUGAAAUGGGACCUCAGAUGGCAUGCCCCUGUUUUGGAGCUGUGAUGGUACAACCCAAUUGUCUGGGUUGGGUUCCUCAGGCAGGACACGCUGCAGUGGCUCUGCAGUGGAGCUUCCACUCCUCAAAUGGGAGGGUGGUCCCUUUGCAGUGACACAUGAUUUUAGACACCAGAAUGGGAGAUCCUCCCCAACGGAACAACAAUCCUAUACUUUUUUGAAAAGCUACAACCUGUCCAGCUCACCUUCCUCAACCCCAAUAUCUACAAUGGUUAAUAUAAUGUACAUGUCCAAUGUAAGUGUAUGCAAUAAUAUGUAAGAAAUGAAACAAGACAAAAUAUAAGUAUCUCAAAAUAGUUUUUCCAAGAAAAACAUUCAAUUUUGGUUGAUUCGAUGUUCAUUUCGGUUCUUUCAAGAGUGGGAAGCUGAGAUGGGGCCGUAGGAGUUAGUUCCAUUUAGUCUUUCUGUGAUUUUGUUCUUGUGCUGUGAUUUUUCAAUUAGACUGGUUAUUGUCAAUGCUCACCUUCUCUAUGCUUGACUAAUAAGGCUCUGAGAUAGGUGGAUGGAGGGUUAAGAAGACCUGAUGAAUCAUUACAGUAGUCUACAAUGGAACAUGUACACAGAAAGAACAGGACGUCAGUAGAGCUGCUAUCAGGAGGUGUGUGUGUGUGUGUGUGUGUGUGUGUGUGUGUGUGUGUGUGUGUGUGUGUGUGAGAGAGAGAGUUUUGUGUGGAGGUGAGAUCCUUGAGCAAAAGUAACUUAUUUGUGAUUUUUAAAUAUUUUUUUAAGUACAAUUGUAUCUAUUUAUUAAUGUACUUAUUAGCCUAUUUACUGUAUUUAUUAAUUCAAUUAUUUGUUUGUUUCUUGAACACUUGGCCUCCGACAGAUACUUUCAAAACAAACUAGAGCCAUAUUCAAAUUCAAUCAUCUCACAUUACUGACAGCAAGCAUCAAAGUGGUCUUUGUCCUGUGGGCUUCUUUAGUUGACCAUUGACUUUAGUUGGAAAAGGUCAUAUCCAAUUGGAUAGAACCCAUAAUCAUCCACAUUAUCAGCCAAUAACCAAUAGUGGCUUUAUUUUGCUUUUGUCAUUUUAUACACUUAAGUCUACUUAUUUACUUGUGUUUGGGAACAAACAGAUUGUGUACAAAUGAAAGCUGAAUUUGUCAUCUUUUUUUUCCUGUCCUUGCGUAUGUUGUUGAAAACUGUAUCUCAGUCAGUUGAAAGUCUUUUUGUCAAAUAUUUGUAUGACAAGACAACAUCCCAUGCACACGGUAUUGUUAUGUUUAUCUAUUCAGUGAGUUUUCAUCGUAAGGCCUAUGAAUCCUACGGGAUGCUUGUCAUUCUGUGUUUUGCAUUUCCUCUUUGGCCUCAAACAAAACAGUUGAAAUACAACAAGACGGUACACAAAAUGUGAAGUGAAAUGAAAAUUAAUUCAUCUGAAUCGUAGUGCAAAAGGAUUAGUAUUGUUACGAUAAUACAUUUUAUUGUGGCUACUAUUGUCAUUUAAUUCGUAUGAUAUACUUUUUUUUAUUUAUGUCAAGGCUGUGGUGGAAACUGUGACAGUACACAUUUGAGAAAUAAAGUUAUUCAACACUUGAGAUCUCAGAUCUGA